AUGCAUGACUCAAAUGUACCGUCUUUGGGCGAGCCAAACACAGAGGAUGUCGCCAUUGUAGGCAUGUCUUGCCGUACUGCUGGCGGGAAUGAUACACCUGAAAAGCUUUGGGACUUCCUCCUGCAAAAGAAGACCGCGUCAGGCGAGAUUCCAUCACAGCGAUGGGAGCCAUGGCGGCAACGAGAUCAUCGCAACGGCAAGAUCCUGGACAACCUCAUCCGCAAAGGCUACUUCCUUGAUAACCUAGAAGACUUUGAUCCAGCUUUCUUCGGUAUAUCGCCAAAGGAAGCAGAGCUUAUGGACCCGCAUCAACGACUUGGUCUCGAACUCGCGUGGGAGGCUCUGGAAAAUGCUGGAAUCGACCCAAAGAAGCUCAGUGGAAGUGACACUGCUGUGUAUAUGGGCGUCGACUCGGAUGAUUACUCCCGCAUGCUGAUGGAAGAUCUGCCAGCCAUCGAGGCCUGGAGUGGUAUCGGGACUGCCUAUCACGGUAUUCCAAAUAGGAUAUCGUACCACCUGGACCUACAAGGCCCCAGCACAGCAGUCGAUGCAGCUUGCGCUAGCUCCUUAAUCGCCAUCCAUCUUGCUCGUCAAGCCAUUGCAUCGGGCGAGAGUACUGUUGCUAUCUGCGGUGGUGUAAACGUUAUAUGCGCACCUGGUCUCUCGCACAUGCUUCAGAAGGCAGGUGCUCUUAGCACUGAAGGCGUUUGUCGCUCCUUUGACGAUGCAGCAUGUGGCUACGCUCGUGGCGAGGGCGGAGCUAUUGUCGUGCUCAAGCGUCUCAGUGCCGCGAUUGAAGACAAUGACAACAUCAUUGCCGUCUUAAAGGCUUCCGCUUCUGCCCAAGACGGUAAAACAAAUGGUAUCAUGGCACCGAACUCCAAAGCACAAGAGCUUGUUGCCAGGCAAGCGCUUCUGCGAGCUGGUAAUCUGGAUCCCCAUACCAUUGACUAUGUUGAAGCACACGCAACCUCGACUUCCCUUGGAGACCCCACGGAAAUCAACGCCAUAGCUCGGGUCUAUGGAAAUGGGCGCUCGCUCAGUUCGCCUUGCUAUGUUGGUUCAAUUAAGCCCAACGUGGGUCAUCUUGAGGCUGCAGCUGGUGCGAUAGGCUUCGUCAAAGCUGUACUCAGCGUGCAGAAGGGUGUCAUUGCUCCUCAGACGCUAUUGAACAAGUUAAACACCAAAGUCAACUGGGCCACCUGUGGGCUGGAGGUCGUCAAGGAACAGAAGGUGUGGCCCAAGCGAGACAUUCGAAGAGCAGCUGUGUGUUGCUACGGCUAUGGCGGCUCGGUUUGCCACGCUAUUAUUGAGCAAGCGCCUAUCAGGUUCAGGUUGGAGUCGAAUACUGCAACUCUGUCGCACUCAGCCGUCAUGAUCAACCUAUCAGCUAUGCAGGAGAAGCGCUUGCCUGGCAUUGCGGCUUCUCUGGCACGUUGGCUAUCUGCUGAUGGAUCGUCCGAGAAUCUACAGGCUAUUGCACGAACGUUGACUCAUCGCCGAGUUUCACAAGACUAUCGGGCUUCUUUUGUGGUCACCAGUCACGAAGAGGCCAUCCGCAGUCUGACCGAUUUCGCGAAGGGCACGCCUGAUCGGUGGAGCAUAAGCAACCGCGUGCUUGAUAGCACAAGUGAUAAAAGAGCAGUCUGGGUCUUCUCAGGACAUGGCGCACAUUGGCCAGAUAUGGGUAAAGGACUGUUACAUAACACUGUCUUUCGCUGCGUCCUUUCGUCGUUAGACGAGGAUCUUCGAAGAGAAGCAGGCUUCUCUGUCAUCGAAGCCCUGCAAACGAGCGACUUGGGCGACACUGCAAAAGUUCAAGUCCUGACUUAUGCUGUGCAGAUAGGUCUUGCAGCAGUACUCCAGUCUAAAGGUAUUACGCCUCAAGCUGUGAUUGGACACUCUGUUGGUGAAAUUGCUGCUGCUGUAGUCGCUGGAUGCUUGACGGAGCGGGAAGGCGCUAUCAUUGUCUCCAGGCGAGCGAACCUGUAUGCCUUAUUGCAAGGCCAAGGGGCUAUGGCGUUGGUUGCAUUGUCCUUCGAGGAUGCUGCACAACGGCUGUUUGGUCGAGGUGACAUCGUUCCCGCAAUCAGAUCUUCACCAUCGACAUGCGUUGUCAGUGGCACCAUGGAGGCUGUUGAGUGGUUCAUCGAACACCUCAAAGGAGAGAACAUCAAGAGCUGGACGGUGCAGACAGAUAUCGGCUUUCAUUCACCGAUGCUCAAACAGCUGGUAUCUGCGCUGCAAGAAAGCCUUGGUCAAGACAUCAGCCCUCAACCGGCAAAAACCCCAAUCUACUCGACCUCAGCUUCUGAUCCAAGAGCUACAUGGCCACGCGGUGUCGAGUACUGGACAUCAAACAUGAUAAACCCUGUUUGGCUCGUCGAUGCUGUUGAGGCUGCUGUGGAAGAUGGCUUUCGCAUCUUUGUGGAGGUUUCCACACACCCCAUCAUCUCGCACUCCAUUUCCGAAACCCUGUCUGCUCGCUUGGUAGACAACUUCGCAGCUUUCGGCGUCAUGACCAAAGAUGUAUCUGCAGAACGCAGUAUCUUGAAGGCUAUCUCUCAGCUCCACGCUCUUGGUGCAGAAGUUGACCUCAGUACUCUGCAAGGAGCGGGCCCGUGGUCAUCCCGGGUGCCGAUAACGCCUUGGGUCCAUAGGCGCUAUUGGAAGACUGUUUCCAUGACCUCUUGCACCACCGCACGACAGCAUGAUGUUGAGACACACACCGUACUUGGUGGUGUUGUAGAGAUCGCUGGUAGCAAGACUAAGAUGUGGUCUACAACGCUAGACGAUUCAAGCAAACCGUACCCUCUAACACAUCCACUUGAUGGUACCGAAAUCAUUCCUGCAGCUGUAUACUGCAACACCUUUCAGCGCGCCACAGGCGCGACCAUACUCAACGAUGUGGAUCUUCGCGUCCCAACGCCGAUGGCAGCUGAGAAGCGUGAGCUGCAAGUCGUGGUCGAGGGCGAUAGAAUUCACAUGGCGUCUCGCCUCAGUCUUGAAUCUACAGGCAGCAACGAUAUGGAGCGUUCAUGGAUUGAACACGGUUCAGCCAUGCUUACGACCGCAGACAUGACCUCUCAUGAACAGACUCUCUCGAUCUCGGACAUGCAAAGCAGGAUCAACACGAAACUUCCAAACAGCUUUGCAUGGGAUUACCUCCAAAGUAUCGGCGUGUCCGGCAUUGCAUUUCCUUGGGCUGUGAUCGAACACCACAUGAAUGAAAAAGAGAUGCUCGUCAAGAUGGAUAUGGAUCCCAAUACACAGACAUUGACAUGGGAUGCACAAAGCUGGGCUCCAUUUCUUGACGCUGCCACAUCUGUCGGUUCGUCUAUAUUUUUCAAAAGUAUACGGAUGCGGAUAGUCAGCGGCAUUGAUCAGAUGGUGUUUGUCUCUAAAGGAAAACCACCUAAGGUCGGCUACCUGUUCAUCCAAGAGAGCUCAGAAGGUGAAGAUUUGAAGGCUGACAUCAGUGUUCUCAGCGAGGGUGGUGAACUUCUUGUCAAGAUUAAGGGAAUGAGAUUUUCUGAUGUCGAGGCAGUGAGCGACAGGAGUAAAAGUGCAGACUCACUUGUCCACCGGUUGGCAUGGAUCCCGCCAAAGUUCUCUGAGACUCCACUCCCCUUGGGCAACGUUGUUGUUGUGUCCAAAGACAGCGAGACCGCGGAUAACUACGUUAACACCUUGGAGAUCAUGGCGGAGCAAGUCCUCACGGUUUCUUCCGCCGAGCACCUGAAAGGACCCGCAGUCAUGAGAAUCUUACAACAAACAGGCACAGUGGUCGUAUACUUGCCUGGAUCGACCGUUCAAGUCGCCGAGAUUGCGAAAGAAGCCCAUGCUUUUACAUGGGAGACUGCUAGCAUCCUCACCAUUCUGGCAGACAUUCCCAGUACACCAAAGCUUUUUGUCGUUACUGAAGCCGCUUACAAGGGUCAGUCGCCCACCUCCCUCGCACACUACCCACUUUACGGCUUUGCCAGAGUUGCGGCGUCUGAAUACCCGGAUCUGUGGGGUGGACUUAUCGACAACGAGGGGCCAGCAUUUCCUCUCCUUCCCAUGAGAUAUGUAAAGCAUCAAAGCGUUGUUCGUGUGCAAGAUGGUCUCCCUCGCAUUGCGCGUCUACGAGCGUUCGCAAAGGAUCAGCAAGCCAGUAAACCGAAGGGAUGCUUGCUGCCGCAGCCGCAUGGAACCUACCUUGUCACUGGAGGUUUUGGCGAUCUUGGUUUGGAGGUGCUCGACUUCCUAGUGCAGAGGGGGGCUCGGAGAAUAGUGGUGGUCUCGAGGCGUCCUCUCCCCCCUCGCAGGGACUGGUCAUCCACUUCAGGGCCUAUGACAUCGAUCAUCAAGAAGGUAGAAAGCCUAGAGAGAUUGGGCGCAACAAUUUACCCUCUAGCACUCGAUAUAGGCUCGCCUUCCGCAUCAGCCGAUAUUUCCACCGCGCUCGAUCGCCUCUUCCUCCCACCCGUAUUAGGAGUCGUCCAUGCGGCCGGUGUCUCGGGCUACGGCUACAUCAAGGACACAACUUGCAAUGACUACGCGUCCGUCAUGAGUCCAAAGGUUCAAGGCGCCCUAAAUCUACAUAACGUCUUCCCCGCUGGCGAGCUGGACUUUUUCGUACUUUUCUCCUCCAUUGGGCAGGUUAUCGGCACGCCCGGCCAAUCCGCCUACGCAGCCUCGAACGCUUUCCUUGAUGGCCUAGCAACCCACCGCCGCCUAAAGGGCUGCAAUUCCAUUGCAAUCCAGUGGACUGCAUGGCGAGCGCUGGGACUGGCGAGCGACACUGCGCUUGUGGAUCUGGAGCUGCAUAGCAAGGGCGUAACAGAUAUCACAGUCAAAGAAGCAUUUCAGGCGUGGACGCAUCUAUCGGAUACCGAUUCGGACCAUGCAGUCGUAGCAAGGACACGCAUUUUGGAAGUUGAUGAAGCACUGCCUUGCGAGCUGAUCAAGGAUGUGGUACAGAGACGUGCUGCGCUUGUCGCAAGCGCCAUUUCUGCCCCAAUCAUCGCAACAGCUAUUGCGAAGCCAAAGUCAGCUUCUGACAUUAAGGCCCAUCUUAAUGCGGAGAUCAAAGGCUGUUUAUCGCAAGUCCUACACCUAGCCGUCGAAGAGAUUGAAGACAGGGCGGCGAUCGCAGACCUGGGUGUAGACUCGGUCAUGACUGUUGCGCUGAGACAGCAGCUGCAGAAAGUGAUGAGGGUUACGGUGCCACCAACGUUGACAUGGAACCAUCCCACUGUCGCACAUCUUGUGGAAUGGUUCUUUGCGAAGGCACAAAGCAAAAGAUAAAGUCCAAAGGGGGCUGAUUAGAGGUUUUGUCAAUAGAGGGUAACUUGAAAU